GUGGUUAAUUUGGGCGUUGGCUGUUCGAUAUCCUCCGAGAAAGCCAACGUUUACCUCCCGGCCUCCCGGGGCGCCGUUCCAGUUCCACCUCGCCCCGGAGCACCCGAACACCAGUGAACCCGUGCAGGCCCAGCUCGACUGCACGUAGCCAGGGCGGGCACACUGCAGCAGCAGCAAUGCCACCUGCUGCCAACUUCUCAUCCUUCUCGGCGCUGCUCCGCGGGCCUCCGCCGCCGACCCGGCGCCUCCUCGUCGCCGCCGCAGCCGCGCGCGCGCACAGUACCUCUGGGUGUAGCCGUGCUCGCGGCGGUCUGCCCCGUUUCCACUCCCCGUCUCUCCCCUCGUCCAAGGGUGAGGUGGUUCGCAUCCAAGGUGACGAGUUCUGGCACAUGACGCGGGUGUUGCGCCUUGGCGUCAAUGACAGGGUUGAACUAUUUGAUGGCGCGGGUGCUUUAGUAGAAGGAUCUAUACAAAAGGUCGAUAAGAAUGGAUCAGAUGUUGAGUUAUUAGAGAAUGCUAGGUCUAUUGCACCGCAAGGCAUCCAAUGGCAUGUCUUUGCUGCAUUUGGGACGUUGAAAGGUGGACGCGCGGAUUGGCUUAUAGAGAAAUGUACUGAACUUGGAGCUUGCAGUGUUACACCUCUUUUGACUGAAAGAUGCCAUACAAUAGCAGAAAAUAGGGUGGACAGGUUGCAACGUCUUGUGUUGGCUGCAGUUAAACAAUGCCAGAGAGUACACGAUAUGUCACUGAAGGCCCCAAUUGAGAUACGUGAUCUUCCGGCGAUUGUAUCACAGUCCAAGCUUGCUUUCUUAGCAUCAGCUGGCGCACCUCCUGUUUUAAGUGUUCUGCCUAAGCCCAGCAACGAAGAAAGUGGGGUUUUAAUUAUUGGACCAGAAGGAGAUUUCACAGACGAGGAGGUAAACGUUUUGAAGGCGGCUGGUGCGGUCCCUGUUGGUCUUGGUCCAUGCAGGCUACGAGUUGAAACAGCUACAAUUUCACUCCUAUCCGCUCUCAUGCUGUGGUCAGAUGCCCAUCACCAGGAAAUACAGCAAUGCAGGUAGUCGAUGUACAGUUGUCACUCAUGUGCUACUUUAUAUGCUCUAGUAGCUGUCCAUAAACUAUUAAAGUACUAACGUUUUUGGAAAUAGUCCAUUGGGUUUCAUGUUAUUUAUCAUAAUAUUUUUUUUUGAACCUGUCAAAAAACAUAUCGUCGAUACUGGUACAACGUGGUGGAAAUUAGAAGCAUGGCAAUUAGUAGUAGUGCACAUUGCCUGUGUAGACCCAGUGUGUUUAGCCUGGAUGCAUGUGACGAAUCUCGCCUAUGAAGACAAAAUACACAUAAAAUGAAUUUGUCCCAGUUUUGUCA